GCGAGUGCAGUUCCGCGGAGAGGUUCUCGCACGACGUCUUAUCGACGGAGAUCAUCGAGAUUUGCACCCGCGACUUAUUUGUACCGCUGCCUUGCAUUUCUCUCUGGAUCCGUCCUCCUUUCAUCGAAGAAGUCGACGUUAUCCUCCGCGACACAUCCUUCGAAGGUGCGAAAAGGAGAUCGACUGUACAAAGAAAAAACGGGAAAAGUCGGCGGGACAUGGCGGAAAUGAGAGUAUUCACGCGGAGCGAGAUCGAAAAAAACGACGAUAAGGACAAAGUCCUUUUCAUCUUGCACGACAAAGUAUACAACGUCCGCAGCUUUCUCAAUGAGCAUCCGGGUGGAGAGGAGGUCCUGUUGGAACACAAAGGCGUGGACGCUUCCGAAGACUUCGACGACGUCGGGCAUUCGAAAGACGCGAUGGAACUGAUGAAGACAUACCAGGUCGGCGAGAUCGCUGAUUCGGAAAGGACGAACAAACGUCCGAAAAAAGGCUGGAUAUCGGGAUACAUAAAGGAAUCGGAAAAGAAUCAAGAAUCCGGCCUAUCUUUUUAUCUACUCAUGGGUGGAAUCGUGCUCGUAGCGGUCCUCUUUUUUUACGCGUAUUAAUCGACCCGCUAGAAUUAAUCCGGGAAAAUGCUGUGAAUGUGACAGUGUUACGUGUGACAAAGAAAGGUAUUAGAACGAAAAAAUAUUUUUAUACGUCUCCAAUGGCUUCGAGAAGCACAUUUCAAUAAUUAACUUCUUCGAGAGGUUUUAUUUUAUGUAUAUAUCAUCGUCGUUAUAUAUGAGGAGUCAAUGUUAUAAUAUAAAAAGUUGUUAAUUCUAUCGGAAUGGGUGUUAAUUCUAUUGAAAUGAUUUUAAUACGCAGAAUAUGUAAAAUUAAGAUUAAUCGCUAAGAUUAUAUUUAGAA